AUGGCGCCCGCUGCUGCGGUCACAAGCGACGAUCGCGCAUCAUCCGCUCAUCCAAGGUCAGUGAUUGCCUUCUCCGACUAUAUGAUAUAUCCCCUGACUCUUCCCAGUGAGCGUGCACGAUACGCAGGCCAGGCUAUCCAAACGUCUAUGUCGUACUGGUCUGCAACUACGUACACAUCCGUCGCCCCAAGUACACGGGCGCCGACUAUGUCGCGCCGCUCAUUCGCUGCUUCCGAUUCGUCCCAAGUGCGAGCUUUGAACGAUUGCCAGUCGCGCGGCCCCCAUACCUUACAGCCUGAGGUAUUUGGAUCUGAGUUUCACGCCGAACAUUCGACCACCAUGGGCCCUCAGUGGCUCCAGCAGCGGGCCAAGGUCGAUGGAUGCUCGACCACCGUCAAUGCUACUGGCCAAGCAUCGCUCGCUGAGAAGUUCGCUGUCUUCGUGACCUGCGCGUUCUUUGUACUAUGGAUAGUACGAUCUGCCGCUGAGAGCAUCUUUACUCUUGUUCCCUUUGCCGGCCUGGUAUGGUUGGUGUUCGGUGGGUUCCAGAUACUUGAGCAGCAACAGCAGUCAGCUCAGCCGGCGCCGAUCAUAGACGAUGACGCGUCUUGCGAUGUUUGUACUACUGGAUACAUCCUGCCCUUGAUUGAGGCAAUGAUGCUCGACCGACAGACCGCUCAUGAAGAGUCGAAAGUGCCACAGUGGUUAGCCAGCUUUCGGGAUAUGUCUGCAGGCAGCGACGAGUGGAUGUCGUCUCUUGGAAACGAAGAGAGUCUGCCUCUCGUUACCGCUAUCGCACCAAGUGCUCAAGGUCUUACGGGGAUGGCCCAUACUACCGAACCCCAGUGCGAGAUCGUUGGAGACAAAGACACUGUCGAAGCUGCUAGCUCCGGUAGUGACCAGAUAGCAGCACUUCAGCGUCAGCAUGGCAACCCUGUCUUUAACGACACCGAUCAAUGGGCCCCGGGUGGUCGACUUCACAACCAACGCAUGGCCAAUCAUCUUGAACCUAUCUUCAUUGAUGGCGAUGGUCAGGCAUACGAGGAUGUCGACGGAUGGUAUGGACGACCUACCAAAGCAGAUGCGCUGGACAUCCGCUUUCUUCUAAACGCUUUGGCACCACAUCUUCCGGAAGACCUCAAAGCAGCGAUUGGAGCCCAGUCUUUGGACACACUCAUCAAGACGCGAUCACAGAAUGGCGAGAACGUCCUCCUCCAGGAGCUCGAAAUGCAAUGGCUUCUCAUCUGUCCCGGUACUAUCGUUGCGCCCGGUUCACCCAUCAAGACAUUGCAGGAUAUCAAAACCAUCAUCGAGGGGAAUCGGAGGAAGUUCACCCCUGCAUGUCACUUUGAUGUACGCCAUUAUGUGGGGCUAGAUCACCCUUGCCGACCAUAUCUCACGGAAUAUGAAGAGAUGGCGAUCAACGAAGGCAUCGCAGACUACAACAUGCAUAACUGGAACAUCGACUUCGAACCCUCCUUCAUUCGUGAAGCCACGAAGGACAAGUCAGAGCAUGCUUUGAUCGAAAGCUACGAGCGGAUUCCCGACUGGAUGGAAGACAUUGACCAAGGCGACCUACUUGAUCCAAAUGCCUUCCACGAGUGUCCAUGCGGACAAGUCGCGAUGUCAACGCUCGGUAGCUACCGCGACGAAAAGGAGCACAACUACAAGGAGAUGAAAGGCUUUGAAUCUUGCUUCCCAAUCGAAGUCCUCGACGGUAGCGAACUCCAUGACGCCAUGGCUGACCUGGUUCAGUUCCCGGAUUAUCCCGAGCAUGCGACACCGCCUCGUUCUCAGGAAAUUGUGCAGAAUUGUGAGCUGCACAAGACGACCAGCAAGAACAUCUUCGUUCUAGUCGACACAUCAGUCGAAGACAUAAACGAGCGUAUCAGCCACCCGGGUGGUUUACUUCCUGCUCCAGGAAUCACAUCCUCGUCUUACCCUUCUGGUUUCCAGACUACCAUCGGUUUCUCGGAGAUUCCUUACCGUCUGCUCGCCCCUCGGUGUGAGCACGGUCGCUUGCAUCAGCUUGAGUUCACGCCUCAAACGAUGGCGAGCAGGAUGAUGAACGCGAGUCAGAUCGGCUGUACACAGUGCUUUCCGCACGGCCACAUUGUUACUCGAUGCCGGGAGUGUCUAGAGCAUUGCUAUGCUCUGGCUGCGCCGCACGGCAUGUGGGCGCAGCUCGAUGCCGCAUAUCAAACGACGGUAGACUUUGCUCAAGAGCAACAACAGGGCCAUAAUUUGGCACAGAAUGUGCAGUCUAGGCGGGCAAAGGCCUUAAUUGCUGGUACUGCGCGCGCUACUAUUCACCCACCCGGUAUGUCCUUUCAUGGCCCUCUUGUUAUAUCUCCAGCUGACCUCAGACCUGCAGUUCGACAGCAGUAUCCUGACUACCCCAUCAACGCAGAUUUUGAGGCUGCGAUGCAGCGCGUAAACUGGGAAUGA